AUGGCAACAGACGACAGCGCUCCCCCUCGUAUUAUGUCGGCGGAGGAAACGGUGCCGGCGCGUUCCGUGCACGUCGAUGCGAGGGCGCUAUUCAGCGCUCUGCCGUGCCUGCGCCGUGCACCUAUUUUUGGCACCAGCGUGGAGGCCUUCGGACCAAAGUGCGUGCUGUCCAUGGGAUUGUCAGAGUUUCUCUGCAAGGGACUCGCCGACUACCUCAUCCGUUUCUCAUUGUUCCCCAUGUUCAGGCGACGCUACGGUGUUGACGCCAUGACUUACCAGCGCAUGGCCAAUUUGGCAUUUAUGGGCUGGUCGAUGAAGCCGAUCACCGCCAUGUUCAGCGACAUCUUCAGCUUCUUUGGGUACACGAAGCGCUGGUACCUGGCCGUCUCGUGCGUGGUCGGUGCCGCCUUUGCGCUUGCCUUCGCGCUACUGCCACCCGCGAAAGCCAGCGCGGCGCCGGCAGCGGCGUUUGUCUUCCUGACCAGCUUCACCAAGGCAAACGUGGACAUCCUGACGCAGGGCCACUACAGCCGCCUGAUACGCCGCAUUCCUCUCGCUGGCUCGUCGCUGGUGAGUUGGGUGUGGUGGUGGGUGCUCCUGGGCUCCCUUGUCGCCUCCGUCAUUGCCGGGCCCCUCGCCGACGCCAGUCUGGAGUGGAUCGGCGUGAUCGUUGCCGCCACGCUGCAGUUUGUGACGACGUUCUUCUUCGUGAUGAACUGGUACGGGGAGAACAAGAACCGUGUAAAUCGUGCCGAGGAUGCCAAAUUCAUGCGCGCGAAACUGCUGGAGGAAAGGAGGGAUUCCAGUAAAAGGCUGCGAGAAGACGACGACACGGCGGUCGCGGAGAUGGGCAACCACUCCAUGCUGGUUCUCUCAGACGAGGUGUGCGCGGGUGUGUCUGGAGAGGAGGAGGACGAGGUACCGCCUCUGCCGACCUGCUGCUGCGGUGUCUUUGAGGUGAACAAGGAGGUGGCGCGACGCAGCUGGAGGAUAGUUCUCUACUGCCUCCUUGUGGCAGCGGGCUCGGUUGUCAUGGCCAUUGUCACUGUUCUUGGCGACAUCUGGAGCCUGCUGUACGCCUGCAUUGCCGUUUCCGUUGCUGUUUGCGUCUUCGGCUUCUUUGCACUCCCGUUGGUGAUCGCCAAGGCGAAUUUGUAUUUGUUCCUCAGCAUGGCGUCGUACAUUCAGCUCCCCGGUGCCCUGGACAGCUUCUACAUGGCCAGGCCUGAUUGCCUGCCCGACGGACCGCACUUCUCGUUCUUCUUCUACAACACGGUCGCAAGCAUCAUUGGAAACAUUGGUGGCAUUGUCGGUAUUCUGCUGUUCAGGUACGUGUUCUCGAAGAAGAGCUACCGCAUCACAUUUGUCGUCACCACGCUUGUGAUGGUUGUGGCCAGCAUCUUUGACCUCAUCAUUGUGGAGCGGUGGAACCGUCCGCGUGUCAGCGAUCACGUGGUGUAUGUGCUUGGUGACCAGGUCGUCUAUCGGGUGUGUUACAUGCUGCACUUCAUGCCGAACAUCAUCCUACUUUCCCGGCUGUGUCCGCGUGGGACGGAGAGCAUGGUGUACGCGUUGCUAGCAGGGUUUUCGAACUUUGGGCAGGCCGUUUCGAACACCGUCGGCUCGCUGUUGAUGGAAUUUAAGUGGCCCGUCGAGACGGAUCCCGCUGUCGGCUGCGACUUCAGCAACGUCAGGUGGCUCUUGAUUGUGGGGCGCCUCCUCUGUCCGCUCGUGUGCAUCCCGCUGGUGUUUCUGCUGAUCCCGGCCGCACGUAUCUGCGACAACAUUGACGUGGAUGGUCGUGUCGUCCGGCCACAGGAGCCACCCGGCGACUGUAAGGUUGAGGGAAGCAGGGAGUCAUUGAGUGCUCAAGAGCCCGUGCUGAAGUGA